GCCUCUCCCAAGCGGGCCUGCUCAUUUCUCGAAUUUUUCUCGAACGUGUCUUUGGGCGUCUCGACAGGGACCAGCCCUGUGCCGUUGUCUCUCGUCUCUUGAGUCGAACUCGUUGAGGUAGCUUGUACCCGUCGCCCUGUCAGGUCCGUUGCCACGGGUCUGAGCUCCGGGACGAUGCUGCCGCUUGCGCCAUGAUGAUUGGGUUCCGUGUUGGGAAAUCUGGCCUUGCGUUUGCCAGCGCAGCACCCGCGUUUUGACAAGGCUGGCGCAGAGCCUUGAGUCAUGGCUUCCUCGAACCCAAACUUCAUAAUAUGCCGUGUGUCAAAGGGGUCCCCUUUUCCGACAUUUUGGCCAGGUCGCCCAGAGCCACUUCUGCUGGUCAACACUCCAUGACGACCACGCGGCCGGUAGCACAGACAGCUGAUCAAUGACUCGACGUCUUGAUGGAAAUCACCUUUGGUUUCCGGGGCCGUUCGUUCUGAGUCGGUGGGAGAAUGACGAAUGGAUGAGGACGGCCGACUCAACCGGCUCGUGCAGACGUGACGGGCCACACACUGGUUCCUGCCAGAAUCCGUCAACUCGGCCUUGCAAGUUGACGUUCGGACCAAACGACGUGGGGCACGACAAGGACUUCAGCCAUUUUCGGGCUGUUGCGCGAAUCUCAAAACCGCAUGGGGAGGCAGACAACAGCAUUCGGCGGGAUCUAGCCAUGCAUUAUGUGCACGGAACAGUUACCCGGCCCCUUGUGAGAGGCGCUUUCCCAACGACCUCGAGAAUAGGUGACUGCACUCCGAUGCACCAUCCGUUUACGAAGCUCGAAUGCGCCACCAGCGGAAUGGCAACUCGGGGAAUUCAACCUCAAAGCCGAUGGGCAAGGUUCGUCUGAUGGUCAGGCAUAAUAGUGGACGGGCUCGCUCGGGGGUCACCCCACAUUCGGUAGCUGAUAUCGCCUCAUGACUGAUUCAUCGCGACCUUGUCGGUUUCGAGUGCACACGUUGAUGCUAAAAUUGGUGAAGCCUGACACAGAGUGCUUCGCGAAAGUCCUCUGUGGGCCGAU